CCUCGGUUGCCCGUUGAGCCUCUGAGACCUUGAUCUAUGGCUAUGAGACAAUAGGGCGAGAGAUGAAGAAACGAGGAGUCACGAAGACGAGGGGAUCAAGAUACGAGAAGGGGAGGAAGAAGAGCGACGAAAAAAACAGACAACGAGAAAACGAAGACGGUGAAGCAGGGCGCGAGGAGAAAAAGGGGACUCGAAAGCGAGAAGGCAGGAGGAUAAAGAAACGAGGAGACAACAAAGGAGACGAUUAGACGCAGAAAUAAAUAAUAAUUCAAGAAGGCGAGGAGAUGUGGAGGAUAUGAGGAAACGAGGAGACAAAAAAGCGUGGAAAGAAAAUCGAAGAGGCGCAGAAGGGAUGAUGGAAGGAAAAGACGAAGAGAAUACUAGUAGACGAAAAAAGUGGAGACGAAGAGGCGGGGAUCCUACGAGCAAGAAAACCUGGACACGAGAAGGCUAAAAGAUGAGGAGCAUAGAAUUCGAGACAACCAUAACCAGAUAACUAUGGGACGAAAGGACGAGGAGGACGCAGAAACGAGGAGACCUACAAGCAGAGACAGAACAAGAUGAGAAGAUGACGAUACUAGGAGUCUAGGACACGAAGAGGCAAGAAAAUGAGGAGACGAAAAGGCGAGCAGACGUGAGAUGAAGGGACAAAGUAAACUGAAGACAAUGGGAAGAAAAAUACAAAAAAGGCGUGAGGACGAGUAGGAUCGACGGACUAUAAGAUAUGGGAGGCUAGAAGAUGAGAUCACAAGACGGACAUAAAAACAAAGGACGAGAAGACGAGGAGGCGGGAAAACUAUAAGACGAAGAUACGGAGAGACAAGGAGACGAAGAAACGAGAAGGACACAAGCAAGAAACAAUGAAGACACAUAAAGCAAGAAACCUAGUAAAUGAUUAUACGAGAUAUUGAGUAAGGAGAGCGGUGAAGACACGAGGAGUCCAGAAGACGAGGGGAUCAGGAUACGAGGAUCCGAGGAAAUGAAAGAGGAAAAAAGAUAAGGGAAAAAACGAGAAGACGAUAGAACAAUAUCAAAUUAACUUUUACUUUUUGAAAUGAUGAAAUAAUGUGAUGAAUGAACAACACGAUGUGAAUCCGACCUAUAGAUCAUCACGUAUCCAAUUCAACAUCGUUAUUAACCCGACAACACUCAACAUUCCUUUCCGUCGCCAGAACUGACAAAACACCUGCAUCGCUUAUCUCGCACGUGGCAUUGUUUGUGGAAAAAUCAAUUAAUUCUUGUCCGAUAAUCAAUUUUUAUCAACGCCUGACCAGAUAAAACUUUAAACUCGCACGUAAACAUGUUCUCUUAGCUACCCGUUCUAAAUUUAUCAUACAAACCAGAUACAAUAAAAAACAUUAAAUUACGUUAACAAAACGUAUUUUUACGGCUCGCUCUAAUCUUCGUCACUGUUUCGAGCUAAACAAACGAGAUGUUUGCUCGUAAUGUAAAAGGUGACAAAUUCCAUCCUUUAUAAAUUGACCAAUCAAGUUCGACAUGGUUGAGAUAAUUGAUGAACUUUUAAUUAGCCGAUUAAAUGGCCUAUUCAUGGUUUGCUUUAUGAAUUAAUAAAUUUGCUGAUCAAUAAAUUAAUGUGAAUAAUCGACGUUCCCGCGAUGGUUGACUCGUCGUGUUUCGAUGCUUGAGAUUAACUAUUAAAUUAAUUGUUUAAUUUGUACAUUCAUUAAUCGACCCUUGGCGUAACCGAAAUCUGCAUUUGAAGGGUCUUUUUUGAUGCUUAAGUAAUUAUCAAAUAACUAAUUGCCUGAUUGGGUUCAUAAGGACGCGUAUUAUUUGUUUGUUUGUUUUUGUGACGUUCGAAAACAACAUGGACAACAAAAUGAUUGAUUGGAUUAGUAAAUAAUGAGGACAAUUGAUUUUAUGCAUACUCGAUUAGUUAUGACCAUCGUUUAACAGCGCACCUCGUUGUUAAGCAUUUCUAAUUAAACGUCAAACGGCAAAUUUGUUACAUGCAAAAAAGGUGCUCAGCGUUUUCGGCGUAGGGCCCAAAAUCAAAUUAAGAAAAAAAAGAAGUUAACAGCAUAUAAUAUAGAGCUCUACGAAAGAGACGAUGAUCCUAUAUACCUGAAAACACAGAUUAAACUUGGAAAUAAACUAGAAUAGUAGUACUGUAAUUUCUAAUAAAUUUACGUUAAAUAAAUCUCUCAAAUGAAGAUCUCCAGUUAGAAAUGAAAUAAGAUAAGCAAAGGAAAAUGAGUACUCGAUCACAAAGUAAAUUUGAAGGAAUACGAAAAAUAGACAAAAAUGCAUAGUGUAAAGUUUGGUUAAUUAAUUUCGGUUGAAAACAUGAAUUGACAUAAUCUGAUCGGAUAUAACUUUCUACAAGAUGGCGCCUGGAUGUCGUGAAGUUCCAAAAUGCUAUGAAGUAUUUAGACCUCAAUUUACAGGAAUCGAUUUAUCGGCGGGGGUGCAUUUAAACUGACCAUUGAAUCAGAUCCAUUGAAAAAACAGAGUAUUCCACGGAGGCAAGAAGUUGGAGAUCCAAGAUGGCCGAAACGCCUGAAAUAAACCUUGGACAUACAUAGAAAAAUCUCAUGUGAAAAUCCUAUCUGGGUCGUAGUUUAGAUUCGAAUAAACACAAUAAAACUUAAAAUACGAAAUCUUCAAAUUACUUACAGUUAUCUCUAGUAAGAUCAAACUGUCAAAUCUUUCGUUCACAACAAAAAAAACGUUGUUUUUUCAGGGCACUAUAAAAAAUGAGUUGUAUUUUUAGGGAAAAUGUGAUACUGAACCACUAUUCGUGAUACAACAUUGUAAAGAGAAAAAAAGACGUAAUGUCAAAUCUCAAAAUGGCGUCCUCUUGUCUCCUCGCUUUCCCAUCUCCUCUUUUGCUCAUCGUCUUCUCGUUUCCUCCCCUCUCCUUCUGGCGUCGUUGUCUUUUUGUCUCUCGUACUCCCUUUUACCUGUUAUUUCACCUCGACAUUCCUUCGUCUCAUGGCCUCUUUGUGCUCUCUUUUUGCUUCUUAAUCUCCUUGUAUCUUCAUCAUUUUUUCGUCUACUCUUCUCGCCUUCUUAUUUCCUCUUUUUCGUCUCCUCGACCCUUGGUUCCGUUUCGUUCUCGUUCCCUCAUUAUUUUGUCUCCUCGUUCUUUGUCUCUUUUUUGUGUUCCCUUCGCCACUCCUCGUCCUUUUUUUGUCCUAUAGGCUCUUCGCUACGUUUUUCUUCGUUUAUUUUCUUUAUCACCUCGUUAUCACGUCUUCUCGCCUUUUGGUCUCCUAGACUCCUAAUGUCCUCAUAGUCUCUUCGUCUCAUCGUCAUCUGGCUUUGGUGGUCUCGCUUCCUAUGCUCCUCGUCCUCUUCUCCACUUCGCUCCUUCGCGUGGCCUUGUUUUCUUGUCUCAUAGGAUUCUCGCCUCUUCGUCUCUACUUUUUUUCGUCUCCUGGUCCCCGGUUCUUCUUUUCCUUCCGUCACCCCUUCUACGCCUGCUCGGUUUUCUUUCCGCGCUUGUUUGUCUCUUCAUUUUCACGUCUUCUUGUUUGUUCCCACCUUCCCGUCUUCUCGUCCUCUGGUUUUAUCGCCUUCUUUCGUCUCCUUGCGCCCCGCUUUCUUAUAGCCCGUCGCUUUUACUCGUCCUCACGUCUUAUCCUUUACUUCUUCUCGUUUCCUCGUCUCAUAAGGCCCUCAACGUAUUUUUCUUCCCGUUGUCUUCUCCCUCCAUCUCACGCUCGCUCGCCUUUUCGUCUCCUCAUUUUCUCCUCGUCUUCUAAACUCCUAGUAUCGUCAUCUCCUCAUUUUGUUGUUUCAUUGCUUGUAUGUCUCCUCGUUUCUGCAACCUCUAAACCUCCUCUUCCUUUCGUCCCACAGUUCUCUGGUAAUGGUUGUCUCGAAUCCCGUGCUCCUCGCCUUUUAGUCUUCUCGUAUCCUGGUUUUCUUACUCAUAGGAUCCUCGCCUCUUCGUCUCUAUUUUUUUCGUCUCCUAGUACCAUCUUCGUCUUUUCCUUCCCUCAUCCCUUCUGCGUCUCUUCGAUUUUCUUUCCACGCUGUUUUUUGUCUCCUCGUUUCCUCAUUUUCACAUCUCCUCUCUUUCUUGAAUUUUUGUUUUCAUCUUCUCGUCCUUUCAUCUUAUUCUUCUUUCUUGACAUCUUUUCUGCGUCUAAUCGUCUACUUUGUUGUCUUCUCGUUCCUUUAUCCCCUCGCCUUGUUGCGCUUUCGAGUCCGCGAGCCAGUCCCCCUCUUCUCCUUGCGUCCUGGUUCCAUCGUUUUCUGUUUUUUUCUUCGCUUUUCUUCUUCCCCUUCUCGUAUCCUGAUCCCCUCGACUUCGUAACUCUCCGCGUCUUCACCUCUCGGCCUAUCGCCUCAUAAAAUCUCGUGUAGUCAUUUAUUUGGUUCCAUGAUGUCUCUUUAUCGUCUCCUCCUAGUCUCCUCGUUUCUCCGUAUUCUUGUUUUAUAGUUUUCUCGCCUUCUCGUCUUUUCGUCCUCUGGUUUUAUCGCCGUAUCCCCGUUUUCUUGUAGUCCCUUCAUUUUGUCGCUUGCUUCUCCUCGUUUCCUCGUCUCCUAAGGUCAUCGACUCCUCUUUUAGUAUUUAUCUUUUCGUUGUCUUCGUUUUGUCUUCUCCCUCAGUCUCCUCCCCGUUUCCUACUCGUCUUCUUUUUCCCUCGAUUCUUCAUUCUUUCGCCUUCUCAACUUUUUGAUUCCUCGUCUCCCUGUUUUCUCAUUUUCCGGUCCUUUGGUUUCAUAAAAUCCCUUCUCCCCAUUUACAUGCAUCCUCGCCUCCUUGUGUCACCGUCUUCUCGUUGGUAUUCGUGUCUCUUCACUUCCUCGACUUCUGGUCUUUUUGCUUUCUCCUCGUCUGCGUCUCUUCUGGUCUUCUUGUCUAAUGGUCUCGAAAUUCCGAUAUGUCAAACAUUAUAAGACCCAAAUGCUCAAAGUCUGAAAGGUCCAAAAACCGGAGAACCAGCAUCCAAGUAUUUAACACUCGACGGUUCAAACCCUCCAAGGCUCAUGGCGUCUGAAUAUAAAAGGCUCAGAAGUCAACAAUUCCAAGAUAACUAGGUCCAAAGUUCGAGGUGCCAAAGGUCCAAAGAUCUGAAGCUCAAAGGUGCAAAGGCGCGAAAACCCAACGGUUCAUAUGCGUACGGUCUCCAAAACGUGGCGACCCGAAGGCUCAAGGGAUUUAAGGCUCGAAGAUUUAUAUCAUUCUUAAAGGUUCAGGGAAGUUGAGUAACACGUUUUUUAGUAUAUACGAGGCGAACAAGAAAAAAUCGUAUGUUCUGCAGGAUUGGAUGAAUGGUAAAAAGCGAUAUGUCAUGAUUAGCGUAACAAAUCUCAACGUCUCAGUGCCACAAAGUACCAAGAUCUUAAGGCCCAUAUGAUUCAAGUUAUCCAUGGAUCAAGGUCUCAGAGUCUCAACGGUCCAACGACCCAAUAACCCAAACACCCCUCGUACACGUCCACCAUCUGCUAAAUGACCAUUGUAAUAUUGACUUAAAAUUUCACAAUUGGAGAGACUGGGUGGCGUCGAUCCACGUCCGAGAAUUCCAAAGAAUUUAUUACACAACUUUUGAUUAAGCCUUAGACAAAUUUUGGGAAAGAAAAGCUUACAAAGCUUGUUUGAACAUAUUACUCCUUACGCAGACGGUCGACAAUUAAAAUAAAAAUUGUUCAAAUUGCUUAGUAUUUUGUUUCAUGAUAAAUAAUACAAAUAAUUCGGUCGUACCAGAUUUGCGAUACAGGGCGCACUUAACUCACACUCACACACAAACGCUGGCUUGAUAAAUAAAAUGGCAAAUGUUCGAUGGCUGUUCUAACGGUGGAUUUUUAAAUAAUUCGCCAAUCAAAGACGAAACGUCCCCAAAAUGAAACGCGCAAUUCUUUGAAACACCUGCGUCUUCGUUAUCAUCACGUUAUCACCUAAUAAUAAAUGUUCUUAUCGCAAACGACCAGAUGUGUCUUACUUCUAACACCUUAUCAAAAUUGAGUAAAUUACAAGAUAUAAAAAUUAAACAAAAACAACACAUUUACAAAAUUUCUAAAAAGAAAAACAACACCAAGAUACAAAUUCCAAUGAAACGAACUAACUCUCUGCAUAUUUCGUUAAUGCUAGCCUUUCGUCGUGACCCGUAAAAAAGGGCUCCAUAAAAAGUAAGCAAAUCUCUAAUCUGUUUUUUUCCCUCCCAGUCGAGACGAUUGAGUGAAUAUUUUUCUCAAUAGAACAGAGCCACCAUUGUGAAUGUGUGAUUAUUAUUUCAAUCCACUGAAAUGGAAGUUCGCAACAAUGACUUUAUAAUUAAAUGUUCUGCAAGUCUAAUUUAACUAACAAAAACGCUCUCUCUCUCCAUCGCCGCCGCUUGUAACCCGUAUCUACAAGUGCUCCCUCCUACAAUUCACGUCAGAACUGUCAAGUUUGCAGAGCGGGAUGUAGCCCGCAUCGCCUUUGUUAAUUUAAUGCGAGCUCGCGUCGACAGGCGUCUAAAAAGCUAACCUCAAAUGCGAUUAUGGCCGUAAAGGGCGAGCGAUCGGCUUUAACUGACGAAUAAAACGCGAGUGCUCGAAUACAUGUUUGGCGGUUUCGGCUCAUGAGGUGAACCAUGAUGCACGAUGUGGGCCGCUUUUUCGAGGUCUCUAGAAGUACUCAUCGCGUUCUUCGAGUAUUACAC